AGCCGUUUUCCUGUCCUCCGUUCUCCGGCAACCGCAGCACUGCAAUGGCGGAGCUAAAUGCCGUAGAUGCGAAUAGUAUCGAAAACCCCGACCAAGAAAGCGUCAAUCAAACGCUGAGAUUCUGUUCUUCUUCCGCUCUGGACACCGCCGGAAUCUCCAGAGCUGAAAACAACGAAGAAGAAGAAGAAUUAAGGAGACUUCUGGUUCCGAGGAUUGAGGACCUUCCUUCUGUGCCUCCAUCCGCCGUUGAAUCCAAUUUCGUCACCUACUAUGCUCCUGAUUUUAUGAAGCCAGGAAACGAUCAAUAUGUCCGUCGUCAUGCCAAUGGAUUGUGCGUAAUUGGGAUAGCUUCAAGUCAUGUUGCCUUUAAGGAUGAAGGUGGAAUUACGGCGGUGGAUUUUAAUGUGGGGAAGUCUGAUCGUAGUGGGAUUAAAGUCACCGGAAAACGGAAGAAGAAUGCACAGCAUUUUGAGUCCAAUACAGCGCUCUGUAAAGUGUGUACAAAGGAUAAUUCAUAUAUAGUGAGAUGCUGUGUGAAAGGCUCUCUAUUGGAAGUCAACGAAAGAUUGAUUGAACGCCCAGAAUUGCUGAUAUCAUCCGCAGAACGGGAGGGAUAUAUCGCGAUCAUAAUGCCCAAGCCGGCCGACUGGCUCAAGAUCAAAGCUUCCUUGCUGGGAAAAGAAGAUUACUGUAAGUUGAGAACAGCUUGCAUUGCUGACCCCCUGCAAUAGACACUUUAUAGUUUCUAUAUAGAGUAAUGUGGAGUAGAUUUGUUGGAAGGGUUAACUUUCUAAGUUAAAAUUGAAGCGUUUUCUACAGUAAACUAAUCUCAUUGAUGUUUAGAUACGGAGUAUUUGUUUUGGGAUUUUUUUUUAGUCAAUUGAAUAGUUUUAGUUUGUAGGCUUUUAUAACUGAAAAAGGAUUAGAUAUUCCGAGGAUACCAUGUUAUUACGUUAUGUACUCUUCAUAAUUUGGCGUUUGUUUUUCUAUUUGAAGGAUUAGAUAUUCCGAGGAUACCAUGUUA